GGUAGCUAGUUUGUUUUUUUUUACUGAGUGCAUUGCAACUAGAAACUAGAAAACGCGUGAAUUUGUAUUCUUAAGGGCUAUAAAUACGCUCCUAUCCCCAUGCUUAUCGUUCAUGCAAACUGUCCACCAGAUCAACCAAGGUAGUAGUAGAAUUUCUCAGCAUUCACACAUAAGAGAGGAUGAAGAAUCACAUACACACAUUCUCACUCCUUUUUAUAUAAUUUUUCUCAACACUUAUUUCAGUUUUCUCACUCUUUCAAACAACAACAGGAAACAAAAACAAGUAACAUUAAUAUGAACAAACAACUCAUCCUUAUCUGUCUCUUUAUCCUCUUCUCAUCUAUCAUUGUAACUAUAACCGGCGAUGCGGUUGCCGGAGACAAUAACCCGUUCACUCCAAGAGCAUAUGUAAACCGUUAUUGGGACAAAGAGAUCCGCAACAGCUUACCGAAACCGUCGUUCCUGUUUUCCAAGGCGUCACCGCUAAGCACGGUGGAAGCCGCGACGUUCGCCAAGCUAGCCGCCGGGAACACUCUCUCCACGCGCCUGCCGGAGUUUUGCUCCGCUGCAAAACUCCUCUGCAUCCCAGAAGUUGCUGCAAGUCUCGAAAAACACGACAAGGACGCAAACUUUGCUGUUUACAAAGACAAGAACUUCACCAACUAUGGAACGAGUCGACCCGGUGGAAUCGACUCGUUCAAAAGCUACUCCGACGGGGAAAACAUUCCGGUGAACGAUUUCCGUCGCUACAGCCGUAACUCCGCCGGCCACAAAGACAGUUUCACCAGCUACGCCACAGAAAGCAACGUGGCUGACGAAAGCUUUCACACAUACGGCACCGGAGCAACCGGCGGCACCGGCGAUUUCAAACAAUACACAAAAGAAACCAACAAUCCCACCCUCGCUUUCACUUCAUACUCCGACAGCUCCAACGGAAGAACCCAAUCUUUCACUUCCUACACCGAAAACGGCAAUGCCGGUGAUCAAUCAUUCUCAUCCUACGGCAAAAACGGUAACGGCCCCGCCGAAGAAUUCAUCUCGUACGGAACAAGCACCAACGUUGUCGGAUCCAGUUUCUCCAACUACGCCGAAACCUCAAACGCCGGUAACGACAGUUUCACAAACUACGGCGAGGAUAUGAAUAACCCAACCAACAAUUUCAACAACUACGCCAACGGAGCUAACGGCGCAACUCAAACGUUCUCAAAUUACCGUGAAAAAGCCAACGUCGGUGCAGAUUCCUUCACCAGCUACGCCAAAAUAGCAAACGCCGCUGAAGUUGAUUUCAACAACUACGGAAAAUCGUUCAACGAUGGAACCGACACAUUCACAAGCUACGCUAAAACAUCUUCCGGCGAAACGAAGGUAAACUUCAAAGGCUACGGUGUUAAGAACAGUUUCAAAGAGUAUACAAAAGAAGGUGUUUCUUUCGCAAAGUACACAAACGCGAGUUCAACAACGUUGGAAGAGAAAAAAAACACGGUGAGUGGCAAUUUGGUAAAAAAGUGGGUUGAACCGGGUAAAUUCUUUAGAGAGAAAACGUUGAAAGAGGGUACAGUGAUGCCUAUGCCAGAUAUCAGUGAUAAAUUACCUAAAAGGUCGUUUUUACCCCGGAGUAUUCUUUCGAAAUUACCGUUUUCUACGUCGAAAAUCGAUGAAAUGAAAGCGCUAUUCAAAGCUUCUGAUAAUGGUUCAAUGGAGAAAAUGAUGAGAGAUACAUUGGGAGACUGUGAGAGAGUUCCAAGCCGCGGUGAAACGAAACGGUGCGUGGGGUCCAUUGAGGACAUGAUCGACUUUGCAACUUCGGUUCUCGGUCGAAACGUCGUCGUUCGGACAACUCAGAAUUUAAACGGGUCGAAGAAGAGUGUUAUGGUGGGUCGGGUUAGUGGAAUCAACGGUGGGAAAGUUACCCGAUCGGUUUCUUGUCAUCAGAGUUUGUUUCCUUCUUUACUGUACUACUGUCACUCUGUUCCUAAGGUUCGGGUUUACCAAGCGGAUCUACUUGACCCGAAAAGUAAAGAUAAGAUUAAUCAAGGUGUUGCGGUUUGCCACUUGGAUACUUCUGAUUGGAGUCCUACCCAUGGAGCUUUUAUGUCGCUCGGGUCGGGUCCGGGUCGGAUCGAAGUUUGUCAUUGGAUAUUUGAGAACGACAUGUCGUGGACAGUUGCUGAUUGAUUGUUGAUCGAGAAGGUUGUGAAGAAUGAAUUAUGAAGAAUGAGAAAAUGAAUGGUUCUAAAUAGGAAAUCAAAACUGGUUUUUUUUUCAGCUUAAAAAAAAUUAAGCAGUUAGAAAACUAUUUGUUUUGAAUUUUAAUUUAAAUAUUUUAAGUAAUGUAAUUUUUUUUUUUUUCAAUUUUUAGUUUGAUAGAAAAAAGUCAAGGUAUGGUAUUAUUACAUUUGGAAGUAUAUUAUCUUAUAUUAUAUUAUAUAUUUUAAUUGUAAGUGUUAA